UCAACAGAGCAUGUUGUUAUUGGCUUGCCCGGUCGGAGUCGGAGAGCAGCGACACCGACGGCCUCCAUUGAAUCCCGGCGGCGGCAAAGCGUUCUCUCCUUAGAGCUUCGACCCAUUCUCCACCACCGGCUCCUCUUCUCCCCCAUAGCUACCUUGAGCUCUGUUGAUUGAGCUGGGACCCCAGUCGCCUCGCCAGCUUCAUCAUCAUCUUCUUCUUCCAGGGACAAAACCCCGAACGCAGGCACAGGAAAGUUCUGUCUUUCCGGCUCAGACAAAUUCGAAAGAACUCAUAUACGGAACGAGGGCGACCCGUGGAAAUACAUCGGUUUCUUACUCGUGCAAAGGAACGCCUCCAUAGUUUAACACAGACCCACGAGCUACCGUUGCCGGCGAACCAGCUUCUCCUGAGAUUCAAGAAUUCAACUUGGUGGCGUACGGCACUCUCUCUUUCCCACAGAAGGUAAUCGGCUUACUCGAGUUUCAGCGUAGAGAGGAGCCCUAUCUUGCUGGGGAAAGCUUGGGGAGCCCCUGUUUUAUUCCAGAAAAAGCGGGAGCCUUGUGCAUUGAUUAUCGGGCGCUCAACAAGCUGAAAUACGAUGGGAAGCGAAAGCAAUCUCAAAACUUGGGUUUCGGACCAGCUGAUGACCCUUCUCGGGUAUUCGCAGACCACCGUUGUCCAGUAUGUUAUCGGACUAGCCAAGCAGGCAUCUUCGCCUGCUGAUGUUCUUGGGAAGCUGGUAGACUUCGGAUUGUCAUCUUCGAGUGAAACACGGGCUUUUGCCGAAGAAGUUUUUUCGAGAGUGCCACGUAAAGCAGCUUCUAUGAAUCUUUAUCAGAAACAAGAGAGGGAAGCUGCAAUGUUCGCAAGGAAGCAGAGUACUUACGCACUGUUAGAUGCCGAUGACGACGAUGAAGACUAUGGGAAUAAUGCCAGUGUUGAGAAGAGGUCUUCUGGCGCUUCUGUUUCUGAUACUAAGAAGGCAGAUACUCAUAAGAAACGUUUAAGGAAAAAGACUGAAAUUCACGAUGAUGAUGAGGAGGAUGAGCCACCCGUGCAGUUUGAUGAAGGAAGAAGGGUCAAGAGACGAACAUCUCAUGACCAAGAAGGUGGCUCUGAGUCAGAGGAGGAAAGAGAACGUGAUCAAAGAGAAAGGGAGCAGUUGGAGCAAAAUAUUCGAGAACGAGAUGCAGCAGGGACUCGGAAGCUUGCAGAGCCAAAAUUGACACGUAAAGAAGAAGAGGAGGCACUUCGACGAUCAAAUGCUUUGGAAUCUGAUGGCACUGAAGCUUUAAGAAAAGUUUCAAGGUGGGAAUAUCUCAAAAAGCGAGAGCAGAAGAAGCUGGAGGAGAUCAGGGAUGAUUUAGAGGAUGAGCAGUAUUUAUUUGCAGGUGUAAAGCUUACAGCGGAGGAAGAGCGUCUCUUCAGACGCAAGAAAGAGAUAGUUGAGCUCGCAACGAAGUACCAAGAAGAUCUUGACAGCAGGGAUGAGUAUCGGAUCCCUGAUGCUUAUGAUCAAGAAGGACGUGUUGAUCAGGAAAAGAGAUUUGCUGUGGCUAUGCAGCGUUACAGAGACACAGAUGCUGCAGAGAAGAUGAAUCCAUUUGCUGAACAAGAAGCCUGGGAAGAAUACCAGACUGAAAAGGCUACUUUGAAGUUUGGUUCCAAGGAUAAAAAGCUAGCUUCUGAUGAAUAUGAGUACGUUUUUGAGGACCAGAUAGAGUUUAUAAAGGCAAAUGUGCUGGCUGGUGAGAAUUAUGAAGGGCAACUUCCUGAAUCCCCUGAUGAAUCCAAGGUUCAAUCUGCAUUAGAAAAGCUUCAGGAGGACCGCAAAAAGUUGCCCAUUUAUCCUUAUAGAGAGGAGUUACUUCAAGCAAUUGAAACUCAUCAGGUUCUUAUCAUCGUUGGGGAGACCGGAUCUGGGAAGACUACUCAGAUUCCUCAAUACCUCCAUGAGGCUGGCUACACUAAAAAGGGAAAGAUUGCAUGCACCCAACCACGUAGAGUUGCUGCGAUGAGUGUGGCAGCUCGAGUUUCACAAGAAAUGGGUGUCAAGCUUGGGCACGAGGUUGGUUAUUCCAUCCGUUUUGAAGAUUGCACUUCUGAGAAGACGAUUUUGAAAUACAUGACAGAUGGAAUGUUGCUGCGUGAAUUCUUGGGGGAGCCAGAUCUAGCUAGCUACAGUGUCGUGAUGGUCGAUGAAGCUCAUGAAAGAACACUUUCGACUGAUAUUUUGUUUGGCUUGGUUAAGGACAUUUCCCGCUUUAGGCCUGAUCUGAAGCUUCUCAUUUCAAGUGCAACCCUCGAUGCAGAAAAGUUCAGCGAUUUUUUCGACAUGGCUCCAAUUUUCAAAUUUCCAGGAAGACGUUAUCCUGUCGAUAUUCAGUACACUAAAGCACCUGAAGCUGAUUACUUAGAUGCAGCUGUUGUCACUGCCCUUCAAAUCCAUGCUCAGUAUCCUCCUGGAGAUAUUCUGGUUUUUCUAACUGGUCAGGAAGAAAUCGAAGCUGCAGAAGAGAUAAUGAAGCAACGGACAAGGGGCUUAGGGACCAAGAUUGCUGAACUCAUCAUAUGUCCUAUAUAUGCCAAUUUGCCUACGGAGCUGCAAGCCAAGAUCUUUGAACCAACACCAGAAGGGGCACGAAAGGUGGUCCUAGCUACAAAUAUCGCGGAGGCAUCUCUAACCAUUGAUGGAAUAAAAUAUGUGAUUGAUCCAGGGUUUUCCAAGAUGAAAGCGUACAACCCAAGAACUGGAAUGGAGUCAUUGCUAGUCACUCCUAUUUCCAAAGCCUCUGCAAAUCAAAGAGCUGGUCGUGCUGGAAGAACGGGUCCUGGAAUUUGCUUCCGCUUGUACACGAUGUAUUCUUAUCAGACCGAAUUGGAAGAUAACACGACUCCUGAGAUUCAAAGAACCAACCUUGCAAAUGUUGUCUUGACGCUAAAGAGCCUUGGUAUCCAUGACCUGUUAAAUUUUGAUUUUAUGGAUCCUCCCCCUUCAGAAGCUUUAUUGAAAGCCUUAGAGAUGCUUUAUGCACUCGGUGCUCUGAAUAAACUUGGGGAGUUAACAAAAAGUGGGAGGCGGAUGGCUGAAUUUCCCCUCGAUCCUAUGCUUUCGAAGAUGAUUGUGGCUUCUGACAAGUACAAGUGCUCGGAUGAGGUCAUUUCUAUUGCAGCAAUGCUUUCAGUUGGGAAUUCCAUCUUUUACCGACCAAAGGACAAACAAGUCCAUGCUGAUAAUGCUCGGUUAAAUUUUCAUCUUGGGAACGUGGGGGACCACAUUGCCCUGCUUAAGGUAUACAAUUCUUGGAAAGAGACAAAUUACUCCACGCAAUGGUGCUAUGAGAAUUACAUACAGGUCAGGAGCAUGAAACGUGCUAGGGACAUCCGUGACCAGUUGGAGGGCCUCUUGGAAAGGGUUGAAAUUGAGAUGACCUCCAAUCUCAAUGAUUUAGAUGCCAUUAAGAAGUCGAUUAUAUCUGGUUUUUUCCCUCAUUCUGCACGACUCCAGAAAAAUGGAUCCUACAAGACUGUCAAACAUUCACAAACUGUGCAUAUUCACCCAAGUUCAGGGCUGGCACAGGCACUUCCAAGAUGGGUUGUAUAUCAUGAAUUGGUUUUGACCACUAAGGAGUACAUGAGACAGGUGACUGAAUUGAAGCCAGAGUGGUUGGUCGAGAUUGCCCCUCAUUACUACCAGCUAAAAGACGUUGAAGAUCCAACAUCCAAGAAAAUGCCCAAACUGCCCCCUUAAGGACAAAGCAUGAUAUAUUCACAAGCAGCAUAGCAGUCAGCGGAGAAACUGUACCCGAGCAUUGUCAGCGGAGGCGUCAUGUUUGCUCUGUACAUAUCUCCAGAGAAACGUUAGGGAAAGGACGAGAUGGUUUAGUCGGCUCUGGAGCUGUUAACUGUAAAUAUGUUUGUGUAGGUUUCUAAUGGAUGUUCUCCAUUGAAAUUUUGAAGGUGGUUCUGUUCUUCGAGAAAUUUGAUAUACGACGCUGCUUCUUAUUCACGUACAAAGCGAGGAGAUGUACCCUAACGAGUGGUAUUCCAAGUAUUACAAGGAGAUGCUCUGAUUCAUGAGAUUUAUGCAGAA